AUGUUGGGCGCAUUUCGACCGUCAUUCGUCGCUCAGGGCGGUUUAUUAUGGAAGAAUCCUUUCCGCAUGUCAGCCACACGCAAAGCCAACGUUAGAAAGAGACUUAGAGCUGUCGAUCAGGUCAUUGCAACAGUAGCCGACUCUGGUGUUGAAUGCAAGGCUCUUGACAAGGCACUUGCUCUUCCCAAGGAAUCCGAGAUGAUGGCACGUGACAAGUACACCGUUUUCAGCCGAUACUCCCGUGGACAUCGCAAGUCUUUGCACAAGGUCCCCAAGUUUACAAAGAAGACCGAAAGAACAAGUCCCCCUGGUUUCUAG